AUGGCGAGUGGGGGUGAGGGGGAAUGCCUGGACGUGGCCAUUGUUGGAGGGGGGAUAGGUGGUACGUACACCGCAUGGCGACUUCGAGAACGAGGCUUGAAAAUCGCCAUCUUCGAAAACACGGAUCGAAUCGGAGGUCGGACGUUCAGCGUGUUUCUUCCCUCCGUGCCGAAUGUUCCUGCUGAUUUGGGGGCAAUGAGAUUUCACCGUGGUAUACAUACAACACUCGAAGGUUUAUUACCACAACUGGGUCUGCGCUCAGAAGUUUUUCAACCAGAUCAGUUCCAAAAGAUGUUCCAUUUUCGAGGAAGACGACUAACUGGAGAGGAACUGAAUAGUACAAAGUUACCAUACAACCUAUCACCGAGUGAGAGUAAAAUUACAAGCAAUUUGAUAUGGAGAUUAUCUCAACAAGCUCUGAAUGUCAGUAGACCUGAUCAGAUCCCUGAUAUAGAAGAGGCUACGACACCAGACGGAGUCCCGGUCUAUAAACAAAGCUAUCUUAAUUUGAUGGACAAACUGUGGAGUAGUGAAGCUAAAAAUUACUUAAAGGAUCUUAGCGUUUUCUACACGUUAUUCGACACGAACGUGAACGCCGUUCACGAUGCUGUGGCGACCAACCCACUCGUACCUUCUCCCCAGUUCACCCUGUUUAACACCAGUCUCUUGUUCCAGAUAAGACCGAGGCGGAUUUGUGCGUCCCAGGUGAUUCUUGCCCUCCCUCCAGGGGCUCUGAAGAAUAUCCAAUGGGGCCCGUUACAAAACGCUCUGCCCGUGAAGACGGCACUGGAAUCCGUCAAUGAUUUUAGCGCCAUGAAAAUCUUUCUUGCCUAUCCAUCUGCCUGGUGGGAUAAUUUCUCUGUAAACUACAAAGCCUUCUUCACUGAUCUUCCACUUCGACAGGGUGGAGAGUUUGGUCGUUUUCGUAAUUCUUCGGGUCACGAGACAGCGUUAAUGAUGGUAUCGUACGCAGACACAAAGGAAAACAAUGACUUUUGGAGGCACCUGCGCAGUUCGCCAAAUACUAUUUCGUCCUUCAUCGUCCCAGCAGCGUUUUCAGUUAGUACAAAAGUUGUAGAACACGUGCAUCAUCACUUGGCAACGAUGUAUGACGUCAAUGCAAGCUCUAUUCCAAUGCCAAUAGAUGGCGUUAUGCAUAUUUGGGAUGAUCCGCAAAAUGGUGGAGCUUGGCAGUUGUUCAAACCUGGCUACCAACCAAAAGCAGUAGCAAAUUUUAUUCAACAACCUUCCGCGUCUGAUGACGUCUUCAUCGUGACUAAUGCUUUCUCCAGAGACCUCUAUGGUUGGAGUGAAGGAUGUCUCAGGGCAGCUGAUAAAGUCCUUCGACAAUUCUUCAACAUGAUAUAA